CCUGCUUCCGGAAAAUGGCUGAAAGUUUCUUGUGUUUUAGCAGGAAAGUUUAAAACGAAUACUAUUGCACUGAUUUUUUAAAUGCAUGAUCUGGCAAUGGAAGGUGUUUGCAGAAACAGUUUUGUGAACGAGCAGCAGUUUUCUGAAUGUACCUCCAGUGUCUAGAGGUGGCCUUCCCAUGCUGCAAGAAUGGAGGAUGACAUGUUCGACACCCAUUUGUGCCUGGUCUGCAACCAGACCAUCGUUGGCCUCAUCAACUACAUCGUCCACAAAAAGAACCAGUGUCAUGGAAAGAAGCAGACAGAUAUCCCAGCAGACGGGCCCCGUCCUGUUGCCCCUGACAACACAUACCAGGCACAGAUCACCUCCAGCAGUCACCUCCAGAAUCCGGGCACCCUGCUGAUGAGCAAUGACCAGAAUGUUGUCAAUCCAUCCUCCAUGUUAUCAGGACUGGGACAGAGGACAGAUAAGGAGUUCUCAUCUCAACUCAUGUUCCCUGAAUCCCACCCAGAUGCCUAUACUCAGCCCAUGCAGACUCUUAGUGGCCCCACCUUCACCUCUACCACCGCUGCAACGACUCUACCCACAUCUGUCUCAGAAUCUAGUCAUUACUCUAGCCUUGAACCAUGUCAAGCUAUUACUCCCCCUAGCACUCAACCCAAUCGUCUCUUCCAUUCUCCAAGUUCACAGCUUAAUACCAUACCUUCAACAUUGUCGUCGUCUCUGACAGCUGAUCCUCUUCCACCAGCAAUAGCUUCAGAGCCAUUGCAGUCUGCUUUACCAUCCAUCUCCCAGCAGAACGUUUCAGCAUCACCUAGUCUGUCUUUCAGUGCUCCAGACUCGAACCAGAACUCACAUAACACGUUAUCUGUUGAAGUGCAUUCACCUCUGUCACGUUUCAUCAAUGCAAAUCUUAGCCCAAUUACAGGAGGAGCUGUUGAUCCCAACUCUGUAAUGCCUACAACUACCUCGGGGCAUUGUGAAGACUUCUUCCAGUCCUUGGAGCUGCAGAGUAAAGGAGCACGGGAACAGAAGUCACCCAAUGGAUUUGGCAGAGAUGCUUUGAAUCAUCACUCAAAAGGAUUUGAUGAUGAAGAUCAUGCAGACAUUGAUCUUCCAAUCUCGAAAAUCCUGAGUAAUCUGGACUUCAGUUCUGAUGAGGAUAUCGUAGACUUGCCUUCUGAUGAUGACUUAGAUUGUAACUUUGAUGUCUAUUCGGAUGAUGACUUCGACAACCCGCCCAACUCCCACACAGGAGGGAAGUGGAAGCCAGGUGAAGGUCCUCAUUACAAGCCUCAGGGUAAAAAGAUGAAAUGGAGACUUGGAGCAGGGCCGAUCCGACAUGGCGGCAAGUGGAAACCAGGGAUGACACACGGGAAACACGGACCUGCAGCUAAAGGAGAGCCAAGUCAUGCAUCCAAGGGAAAACAGGUCCCAUUAUCCAUAGGCAAACAAAUAGACGCAAAGAACUACGAGUGUAAGAUUUGUGAUAUGACUUUUAAUAAUAGAUUUCUCUAUUCCAAUCAUUUUGGCUCUAAAACACACAAGGACACAGUUGCUGCCAAAGAUACUGAGAAAUCAAAGAAGACCGAUGAAGAGCAACAAGAGAAGACAGCAAAAAAUAAGACCGAGAGUGAUAGUCAAGGGAUGACUCCUAAAAGACAAGUGCAUGUAUGUACUGUUUGUGAUAAGAAAUUCCACAGACGAUAUGAAAUUGCUAAACAUCUUGUAACAAAUUUCCAUCGAAAUCGUGCCAUGAAGCAUCCCGAGGCAGUGAACAUGCUUCAGAAGUACCAUCACCUGGUGCUGCGACUCAGCCCCUAUCAGUGUAAACUCUGCUGUUUCUUUUUCAAUCGGGAGCGUGACUUCUUAGACCAUGUUGACAGUGCAGAACAUGUGUCAAGCUGCUCUAAGGCUGUUGGGCAACUUGUGUGUGUUGUGUGCAAGUUCAUGGCCAGUGAUUACAAGAUGCUGAACGAUCACAUCAAGGCCAGGGAGCAUAAGGAUGAAAUGAAGAAGUGUCCAACUCUGUGCAUCAUCAAAGAAUACGUCUGUGAGAUUAAGUGUAAAUACUGUGGUGUUGUAAUGAACAACAGGAAACGUAUGAGUCGCCAUAUUGCCUAUCGCCAUCCUCAAAAACAGUUCACCAAGCCAUUUAUUCGUGUGAAGGGAGGCCAUCAUCCAGAGUGCCCAGACUGUGGCAAGACUUGCGUGUCUCCAUCAGCACUUAUUGUCCAUAUCAGAAGGAACCAUACCAAAGAAAGGCCAUUUAAGUGUGAUCCUUGUGGAAAAUCAUUUGCUGUCCUGGGAGCUUUAAGCAACCAUGUAAAAUCUCGAAGACAUGAAAAUAAGUUAAAGCAAAAUGCUGCACUGGAGGUGUUGGGCCAGGCGUUGAGAGGAAAGCUGGCAGAAGGGAUGGAUGUGAAGGAGGAGGAGGUGGAGAAUGACCUUCAAGGGAAACAGGAACAAGAUGGAAACAGGCAUGAAGAGGGGGUGAAGAUUGCUGAUGAAGCAUCAAGUGUGGAGGAGGAUGACGACAAUGAGGAUGAUGCCAUGGUAAUAUACGAUAAAGAUGACAAAACCUUUCCAGAAACUGAUGGAAAGAAAGAACGUGCCUUAGGAUUUGAAUCAAAAGAAGGAGAAGAAAGUGUUCAAGCAAACAGGAAGGUUAUAUUGAGGAAACGAAAGAAGAAAAAGGUCUUCAAAUGUGAACAUUGUGACUUUGCAUGUGGCCUGUAUUCUGACCUCAGACCUCAUUGCGAAGAGGUUCACCCUAACGAGGUUCACUACUGUGAGAUGUGCAGCAGCACCUUCCUGUCACUGAAGGCGUAUCGCAUCCACUGUUCGGGGCGUUAUCACCAGGAACAGAUGGAAAGGAGCACUGAAACAGCAUCGGACCUGUUCUUCAAGUGCAGCAUCUGCGACAUGAAGUUUGUGGAUGAAAGGUGGCGAAACUUCCAUUUUGAGUACCAGCACAACCACCUCAACAAUGAAGCCUCACUGCAUGAGAUCACCAAGGGCAAUGACAAGGUGACAAAGCUGUACGGGGAUCAUCUGCAGCUUUUGGAAGACUUGCCUAAAAACACCUCUCUGUCUUGUCCAGAGUGUGGCAAAUUCUUAAAGAAAGAUCAUCUUGUGGAACAUCUAAGGCUCCAUACAGGUGAAAAACCCUAUACUUGUCGAUUCUGUGAAAAGUCUUUCGUUGCUAAGCUGUCCCUUCGUCGACAUCUAAUGAUGCACAUGGGGCUUACUGAAAACACAUGUAAUAUUUGUGGCCGUGAAUUUAAGAAAUUGGAAACUUUUCGGAACCACAUGGAACAGCAUUCGAGUGAAAAGGAGGGAAGUAAGUGCAUCUGUGAUGUCUGUGGAAUGGUCUUCACGUUGAAAAAACAGGUUGAAGCACACAUGAAGCGUCACGGAGAAAGGAAACAUAAAUGCCCCAUUGAUGGCUGUACCUGGACGUUUGUGAUGCGGCAUGAGCUCAAGAUGCACAUGCUUACACAUACCAAAGAGAAAAAGUUCCUUUGUGAUAUAUGUGGUUUCGGCGCUACCACUAAAAACCGUCUCCAGCGCCAUGUGAAAACACACUCUGGUAUCCGUGAUUACCAUUGUGUGUACUGUACAUAUAAGGCUGGAUGUAGCACCCAUUUACGCAGACAUAUGCGUAUCCAUAUAGGUUCAAAACCCUUCAAGUGUCCUUAUUGUCCUUACACAUGUAAUACACAUGAAAACGUGAGAAAACAUAUUGCCAAAACAAAGAAGCAUCAAGGACUGAAAAUAUAUCCGUGUAAGUUUUGUGAGUUUGGGACAAACACUGGCAAGGAAUUCCGUGACCACCUCCUUACAAGUCACCCUGAUGAGGUCACUGGGGAGAAACUGGACUCGCUGUCUGUGUUUUCAGGGCUGUAUGUCAGGGGGGACGAUCCCUCCCAGCCACAAGAGGGAACCAAGAUAGUCCAUGUCAAAGAGAGACAACCAAAACCACAAAGAAAUGCAAUCAUUCAAACCAUCAAAAAUGUUAGAUUAACAAAUCAAAAUGUAGACAUCCAAGGGGCAGCUGCAGUUAUCUCUGAGGCAGCCAGUCAUGUUCCUCGUCAGCCAAUUUGCAACAUUGAAUCUUAUUGGUCAAAUGAUACCGGAAGCAAUAGGAAUCAUUGGUUCCAGGCAAACGAUGCCACAAAUGCUAUCACGGCCUUGACUUCUGACCCAAGUAACCUCUAUGCUCAGCCAGUGUCGACUUCGGAGAACUGUUUUCUGGUGAAUGUAGCUCACGGUGGAAUCAACAGCAGCUCCACCAGCUACCAUGAGGGAUCUGUUGCUAAUGUGGUUGUAGUGUCCAGUGACUUUUAGUGCUUCAGGGUUGCUGGAGUAGUCUAGUGGUUAAAGCGUUUGCUCAUCACACUGUAUGCUUGGGUUUCAAUUCCCAAUGGAUGGGACUUGGUAAACCCAUUAGCAGUGUUCUUCAUAAUGAUAAUAUUGGUGAAAGUGUUGGAAAAGCGUAAACAAUCACUCAUUCAAGCACUCACAUAUCCACUCACUGGCUGGCCGGUGAGGUAGCCUAGUGGUUAAAGCGUUCGCUCGUCACGCCGAAGACCCGGGUUCGAUUC